AGGGUGAGUGGAGAUAACACCAGACUUCAGUUCCUGUCUCUGAACCUCAGCUGAUCCACACAAUGUCCUCUGCUGCUGCUCCUGUGGCUGCUCCGGCGGCUCCGGCACCGGCGCCCAAAGCUCCUAAGAAGAAGGCCGGACCCAAAGUGUCCACUUUAAUAGUGAAGGCCGUGGCUGCGUCCACCUCCCGCACCGGCAUCUCUCUGACAGCCCUGAAGAAGGCUCUGAAGGCCGGAGGAUAUGAUGUGGACAAGAAGAACGCCAGGCUCCUCACCGCCAUCAAGCGCUUAGUUACCAAGAAGACCCUGGUCCAAAACAAGGGCUCCUUCAAACUGAACAAGAAGCCCCCCGCACCUAAAAAGAAGAAGGUGGUGAAGAAGAAGAAGCCUGCGGCGAAAAAGGUCAAGAAGGCCGCAGCAAAGAAACCAGCAGCAGCAGGAGGAGACGCAGCAGCCAAGAAGUCACCAAAGAAGAAGAAGACCAAGAGCCCCAAAAAGGCAAAGAAACCAAAGACCCCCAAGAAGGCUAAGGCCCCCAAGAAGCCCAAGAGCCCAAAGAAGCCCAAGGCCCCCAAGAAGGCAAAGGCCCCCAAGAAGCCCAAGGCCCCCAAGAAGGCUAAGGCCCCUAAGGUGGCCAAAACCAAGGCUGCAGCCAAGAAGUAAAGAACUCUCCUCCAGAACACUAAAUGCACAACAGCUGUUCUGAUGGCACUUGACCUACAGUAUGUUUGGACUAUCUUUCUGCAUUCAUUCCAAAAACUUUUGCUUUUGCUAUUUUCUUGUUUUCUAUGUUUUCAGUAGAAGAUUAUAACCUUGCUGUCUUAAAUGCGUCAUUUUCUCGCCACCCUGUGCGGCGGUUUGGAGUGAAAGGACAAUGCACUUGCUGGGAAUAAAUACAUUUAUUUUAAUGUA